UUUGAUUUAUAGUAGUACCGAGGAGAAAUAACUACGGUCCUCGGUGAUAGUAGCGAACAAUGAUAUAAUACUGAAGCAAUGAAUGCAUCGAUCUGAUCAAAAAGCUUGGAUCGUUCUCUCCCUGAUUCGUUUUCGAUCUAACAUGAAAAUCGUCAGGGAAACUCGAUGGGACAGCGUUUAGCGUUGUUCGAAAAUGGAGUGACGCAGUUAAUAGCGGGUCAGUGUGUCAGAGAGGGAGCGAGACGUCGUCACAAAAGGGCACCGCGUUGCCUCCUGUGACGUGACGUCGCAGUGGGGUGAAAAGUGGAGUGAAGAGCAAGGGAAGACGGGAAACGCUGCCCGAGGAGGGUGACUCGAGCACUUCCAAUCGAGUUUCCUCCUGUCAGUGGUUGCUGGUCGCCGUUGACGAGGACCUAUGGUGGCGUGACAGCAUCCCGCAUGAAAACGUUGAAUAGGUUGGCCGAACAAUCUCAGAUAUGGCGAACCAAUGACUCGAUUAGACACAAAUUUUGUUGAAUCGUUUCGCGUUUACUCUUUUCUCGGUUCAUUAAUCGUUUAAGAAGUGAACAAGUAAAAUAGAAUGACUAACACGUGAAAUUAAAGGUCUCACUGUGUUGUUCACUUCUUGAACCAAGUCAUUAUUGACAAAAAAAAAGAAACUGGGUAAUUAUAACUUUUUUAACAAUCGUUGCCAAUGUUUGACAAUGGUAAAUUUUUACGAUCGGAUUCUCGAUCGCAGAAAGGAACUCUCUCCUAGACGUAACAAAGAGGAAAUGUUGAAUUGGUCGCGCGUUGUCUCGGCCGGGGGAAACGGCAUUUAAGGUAAAAGCGAACGUGAAUAGAAGGGAGCCCGGGGGCAGCGGGGAAGCGGGGGGUUGAAUUGAUCGCGGUGCUGACAAAGUGAGCUCGCGACUACGAAAUUUCCCAAUUGAAUCAGUGCCCUCGACCCUUUUCACCCGUUCGAACCUCGCUGCUAAUUGCAAGGCCUUGACAAUGCACCGCGAUUGACGGAUCGAUACGACGCGGACCGUCGACGCGACGAAUUUUCGAUUCUUUAUUGUACAAUUAGUUGGACGAAACACAAUUACUUUGUAGAUGAUGUCCGAAAUUUUGUUCGAAACGAAUUUUUCGUGUCGUCUGUGUUGGAACAAAACUGGUUUAACCAAGGAUAGAAAUCACAGUACAAAGGUCACGGCCGUGACGAAGUAAUAAUAACUACUUGAACGAGAAAUAUCGUUUGACUUUAUCUAUAAUCUGUUCAAAUUCCAAAAACGUUUAGAGAAUAAAUAGCCAGAGUCCGUAUCUGCACCGCCGCGACUCAUUAACAUGUGUAUGAUACAUGUACGAGACGCAGAAGUCUCAGGCAUUUCGUGAGUCCGCUGUACAUAGUCGUGCAGUUGAAGAUAGUAAAUAGUGUCAGUGACAAGUUGUACAGAAAAAACCGAGAAUGUCUAAAGUCAUUUUUGUUCUGCUCGCCCUUAUGGCUAUUUUCUGCAGCUCGCUCGGACGGCUACCGUGCGGACUGAACGAGGAGUACAAGACCUGUGGAGUCUACUGUGAACCUACUUGCUACGAGCCACGUCCGCUCAAAUGCAUCACCGGAUGUAAAAUUACCUGUCAGUGCGAGACCGGAUACUUGAGGAACGGCGACGGAAUCUGCAUUACGCCGGAAAAUUGUUAGAAUUCGCAAGAAUACAACUUCAUUCAUUCGUCUGUGACUGCUUUCAUUUGUGAUUUGGCUCUCUCAAUGUUUAAUUAAAAGUGCAGUCUUAAUAAAUUGUUUUUAUCAUCGAAA